AUGCGAUCUUCAAAUGAGUCAACGCUUUCUUUCCCAUCUUUUGAAGGCAUCUCCUGUCUGGCCGCGUCAUCUCAGUUAGCCACUUGUAUCAGCCGCUUCUCACUGCGCAACAGCGAGGCUAGGGCCGGCAGAGAAUACUGGCAUGAUGACGACCAGGUCGCUCUGACAAUUGCCAUCAAGGCACAGGCCGGCCCUCAGCACCCACGCCCCAAGUCCCCGACAAGAGACCCUCCUAAACAGACCGAGCUUAACGUCGCCGAGGACUAG